GGAAAUUCUCCAUAUUUUUGUUCUGGUUCUCUACGUAUUGGUUAAGUUUUUUUUCCAAAGGCCCGUUACAUCUGUCUAACGAUAUUUAGAUAAUAAUAUAAAAAUAUUUAAUACCUGAUCUGUGCUCUUGUGAGAAAUUUAAACAAAGGCUUAACUGGCAAUGGCUGGGACAUCAUAUGAACGAGACAAUUCUAAAAAAACAACGUACGAUUGGGACGAAUAUUUCAUGGCUUUUGCAUUCCUUGCUGCUAAACGGAGUAAAGAUCCUUGUACCCAGGUCGGUGCAUGUAUCGUUAAUAAUGACAAGAGAAUCGUCGGUACCGGGUAUAAUGGGAUGCCCACGGGAUGCAGUGACGACGAGUUUCCUUGGAAAAGGGGUUCCCGCAAGAGUUUAGAUGCGAAACGUUAUUAUGUGUGUCAUGCGGAAGUUAAUGCGAUUCUAAACAAAAAUUCGAGCAACGUUAAAGACUGCAUAAUGUACGUUGCUUUAUUUCCGUGCAACAAGUGCGCACAAAUAAUAAUACAGUCCGGCAUAAAAACUGUUAUUUAUGUGUCCGACAAACAUGCUCAUAAAGUCGAGACAAAAGCCGCAAAAAGAAUGUUUGAUGCUGCGGGUGUAACGUACAGGCAGUACAUCCCAAAGAAUCAAAAAAUAGAAAUUAAUUUCAACGAUAUUAACUCGACUGAGAUGAAUUUCAGCGAUAUUGACUGGAUUGAUGAUCAAUUAUCACAACCUUCGACAAAGAAGACUAAGGGGAUGCGGGAUCAACAGACGGACUUAUUAGUUGGGAUCGAUCUUUUAAAUACAGACCUUUAUGACAACUGGCGGGAAUUCUCCACAUUUCUGUUCUGGUUUUCUACGUAUAGAGACAGUUCUAAAAGAAUGACGUACAUUGAUUGGGACGAAUAUUUCAUGGCCAUUGCAUUCCUUUCUGCUAAACGGAGCAAAGAUCCUUGCACCCAGGUCGGUGCAUGUAUCGUUAAUAAUGACAAGAGAAUCGUUGGUAUCGGAUAUAAUGGGAUGCCCACAGGAUGUAGUGAUGAUGAGUUCCCUUGGAAAAGGGGUCCCCAUACUAGUUUAGAAUCGAAAUAUCUUUAUGUGUGUCAUGCGGAAGUUAAUGCGGUUCUAAACAAAAAUUCGAGCAACGUUAAAGACUGCACAAUAUAUGUUGCUUUAUUUCCGUGCAACCAGUGCGCGAAAGUAAUAAUACAGUCCGGCAUAAAAACUGUGAUUUACAUGUCCGACAAAUACGCUCAUAAAGUCGAAACAAUAGCCGCGAAAAGAAUGUUUGAGGCUACGGGUGUAAUGUAUAGGCAGUACAUCCCAAAGAAUCAAAAAAUAGAAAUUAAUUUCAGCGAUAUUAACUGGACUGAGAUGAACCAAUUACCGCAAACUCCGACCAAACAAGAAGAUUAA